AACGAAUCAGAACGCGGCGGAGGGCGGGAUGCGAGCGUCAUGUGACGCGGGCCGUCGGCGACGGAUGGGCGGAAGGUGAAGCGGUGUCUGGGCUCCGUGUUGAUGGCUUCGACUUUAACUCAAGGCCUGGAGAGGAUUCCAGACCAGCUGGGUUACCUUGUCAUCAGUGAAGAUGGAGUCCUGUCUUCGGCAGGUGAGAUGGAGAACGAUGAACACGCUGCUGGAGUGAUCAUGCGCAUGAUGCAGACGGCUGUCAAACUCUGCAUGAACGGCAGCAGCGAACCGUUCUUCAAGAGAAUGUCCGUGGUAUUCGGAGAGCACACAUACAUGGCAACCAUCUCUGGUCAGAAAGUGUUUGUGGUGAAAAGGCACAAUAAUCCUCACGAAGCGGUUGAGGUGUGACAGUGAGAGAGCGAGCGAUGGAGCUGCUCCUGUUCCUGACGGCGUGGCUCGUGUUUCCUGCAGACUUUGGACACCAAUUUGUUUCCUGCGGUGACUCCUGAACCCUCUGUUUCGGAGCAGCUCACUCCUUCGCAAUCAGCCAGCGAGAACCUUAACAUAACGUGGCGCAUCUUCUCACUGACUCCUUUCGCACGGUUUGACAAUCACUGAAACUGUGAAGCUGUUCGACUAAAUUAUUUUUCUUCCCCUCAAUUUUUUUUGCAUUAACCAGUUAAAAAAAUAUAUUUCAAAAUGCAUUGGUCUAAAUCCCACCAGACUCUUCCUCCAUCGUGAGAGUGGGUGAAAUUUAGACAGUUACUGUACUGUGGAACCCACUGUUGUUUCUUAACUUGUAACUUGCGAUGUUUAAGUCACAAUAAACUUGUGAUACACA